GGAGCCAGUCGCCGCCUGACUUUGCGCGAAGUAAGGUGUGCAGAGCAGCGCAGCGCAGUCGGCAACUCCGCGCCGCAGAGAGAGAGAGAGAGCUCCGUUCUCCGGCUUGGCUUUUUAAAACUCACACACACAUAAACGAUCUAUAGUAUAGCGCCGCACACGUACGCUAUACAUACAGAGACGCGCUUUGAAUUCCUUUCUCCUCUCACUCGAGAGAGGCAGAGCAGUGCCUCGCGUGUGUCUACGUAGUAUACACGUACAUAUAGCUGCUGCUUUUUACUACGGUGCAGCACAGCAGCAGCAGCAAAGCCUGCAUCAGUGAGUCCGUGUGUGUCGUGUGCCGUGUUGUUGUGUAUCUGUAUUGUGUUUAUUCCAUAUAUAGGGUGCGUCGAACGCGUCAACAAUAACAUAAACUGCGCUACGUUUAUUCACUUUUUUCGUUGUUUGUCUCUUUCUCUCUCUGCAGCUGGAAAUUGUUGUAAUCGUAGCGCACAUACACGCGACUUGUCAAAUAUCGCGCUAACUACUACGUGCUCGUCGCUGUGUGUGUGUGCGUACAUAUCCGUGACACACGUGCGUUUGAUGUGUCGCAGCUCAGCUCGAUGACACAAGCUUGACGUACAACAACGCCUAAAGAGGAUGCAUCCACGCAACGAGUCUGCUCCGAUCUUCUUGUUUACAUACGUCUUCUGCGCCUCUUAAGUCCAUGUGUAUGUUGUUAGCUGUGUGCGAGUGUUCUGUGUGUGUGUCUGUGUUUGUGUUUUGAGUGCGUCGUGCGACUUCUCCAAUCGAAUGUAUCGGUGUCGAGCGACGUUGCCCGAGGCUCUCGCCGCUGCUGAUGCUGCUUGUACCGCUGCCGUUCGCCUACAUUGAGCCGCCAGCCAAGCUGCUCGUUGUUAUUAUACAGACAUUCUCGCUGCAGCACCGAGAAAAACCCGCACGCGCGCCGCUGCGCGAAUAACAAAUAAAUCGGUGCAGCGAUUAGGCCUCGCGCAAGAGCAAGGAGUCGGCGCGAGCGGUCGUUGUGAUGAAGUCGGUGCAACUGCAGGAGCAGCAGCAGCCGAGUUCGAUGGAGUCGAGCGACGGCUCGGCGGCCGGCGCGACCAUGAUCGCGCAGAGCGAGUACGCCUACAGGCCGCUGACGACGAAGCACCGCAGAGCCGGCAGCACGGGCACCACCGGCGACGAGGAGUACACCACCGACGAGGACGACAUGUACGCCGACGAGGCCGACUGCUGCGCCGGCUUGGGGGCCGGCUUGGGCUCGCUCCACCACCACCACCACCACCAGUCGCACACGAUACUGGUCAAGAGCGACCUGGCCCGCGCCGCCACGGACCUCUUCGGCUACGACAACGAGGAGGACGAGAGCAAGAACGAGCCCACCGGCCUCUUCGACGAGGACGACUCCAAGCUUUGCAGGCAGAGCUCAACCAAGUCCAUGUCGAUCUUGAGCUACAACAACGGCUCGUUGCCGCGAGGAGUGUUGGCGCGUAGACGAGCCUCGGCCGGCUCGGACAAGGAGUGCGGCAGAGACACGGCUGCUGCACCGGCCAAGUCGCAGCAACCACUGGAUCGACGAUUGCCAGAGGAGAAAUCGCCGGCCGAGUGCAACGGUGAAACUCUGCGCGACUCCUCGACCGCUGGCCAAGACGAUGCAAAGCCCCUCGACAUCGAGCUAAGCGAAGGAUCCUCGAGCAACGGGGACGAGCAGCAGCUGCCCUUGAGCAAUGGCAUCGCGGAUAAAGAAGGAGAGAAAGAGUCCGACGAUGCAGCGAGCGAGAGGGAGCGAACGAACUCGGCUCUGAACGCGCAAGAGGCGAAGCUGCUGAAACUGCAGGAGGAGCUGAGACGCGCCCACGAGCAGCUCCAGCUCAAAGACGAGGAGGUGUCGAGGUUGUCGCGCAUCAGGCAGGACGUCGAGGCCGAGCUCGAAGAGCUCACGGCGAGUCUUUUUCAAGAGGCGCACAACAUGGUGCGCGAGGCGAAUCAGCGCCAGGCCACGGCCGAGCGCCUGCUCGAGGAGAGUCGCAUGAAGUCCGAGGUGCUGGCCGCCGAGGUCGCGGCCCUCAAGACCCUCGUGCUGACGUCGACGCCCGCCCGGCCGAAUCCGCACCUGCAUCCCCAGAUAGCCGGGGGCGCGUCGAGCGGCGGCGGCGGCGGCGGCUGCUGCGACGACUGCCACCACCAUCACGGCCACCAGAGCGGCAUAUUCGCCAAGAAGCACCGGCGCUCCCCGUCGCACUUCAAUCUCAAGUACGGCCGCGAGAGCUCGCCGCCGGACUCGCCGAUGCGCGAGCAGAGGACCACGCUGCCGGCCGCCGACCAACCGGCCAGGACCGGUUCCAAGGACGAGUUCUUCGCCCAGGAGACGAGGGACCUCGACAAGGAGCGCGACAAGGAGCGGGAGCGCGAUCACAAGAGAGACCGAGAACGAGGCGAAAAGGAGAGCGGAUACGGGGUCGAGGUCGAUCCGCGCGUCCACAGCGAGUUCCUCAGGUGGAAGGAGAAUCCCGCGGUAGACAAGAGCGAUCCGUUCAUCGAGCGAAUCUUCCGCGAGGACAUCGAUCUCUGCCUCGACUUUCCGAACGUCGAGCUGGCCACGAAAGUCAGACAAGCCGUGCUCGACGGCAUCAUUUUCGUCGAGGCCGUCAGCGACAAGGCCAAGCUUGGCUUUCCUAAAAAAUGCGCCUUAUUAGAAGCACCGAGACAGUGUCAUUAUCGGAUGCGAAUGGGAGAUCAGGAGAAUCAAUGGCACAGUAUAUCACAAAUCUGUCGCAAUAGAAUAAUAGCGGUGUGCGAUUUUUUGAAUUACCUGCGCUACAUCGAGCGUGGCCUCGUCAAAAGUUCGAUUCACGACAUCUACUGGGAAAUUACGCGGCUGCGAAAGGAAAUGGUACUGGCUCGGCUGGGUCUCGCGCUCUCGGUUUAACGCGCCUCCGGCCUCGUCUCCUAAAUCAAUUUAUACAGCACCGACGGCCCGACUUCCAUUACCUACGAUAUAAUAUUUAAUAUAUAUAGAUAUAUAUAUAUACGGAGCGAGGGACGCUGAGCGAAGCUCUCAUCUCGACGUAUAUCGACUGUUAUCGUUGCAACGCACACGAGCACUCCAUAUCUGCAUAUACACACAAACAGACAUUGUAUUAUAGAUAAGCGAGGCUGCUGAUUGUUGCCGAAUCUCUACGAUUAUUAUACAUAAUAUAGAACUAGGCGAACAUUUUGAUACGCUAUUGUGAAUGGAUACCGGCUCUGCUCUUCGCGUCUAUUUUGUGUACGCAUCGCAUCUACGUACGGACGCGUACGAUCAGUGUCUUUGACAAUCGGAUGCUGCCGCACGCGUGCCGCUUGUCAGACCUAUCCGAUUGAAAUCGUGCCAAAUGCAGCCAAGCGCUCGCGGCGACUCAUGGCACACACACGCGCAGGCCGGCUUUUGGCUACACGCGUACGCGAGCCCAACCAUGUGAUUGUAUAUUAUAUAUACACUUGUAAGUUAUUACGGCGCUCGAGUUACAGAGCUCCGCAAAACCAGUUCCGAGUUUCGCUGACUGAGUAGCACAUCGUUGCGCAGUUGCUGUUCUCAACGCAAUGUCGAAUUCGCUCGAUUGUUCGAAAAAUGCAAAUUAUCGCGCGUCGACCUUUUCUUUUAGAAUCGUUGAAUUUGUACAUUACUUUUUUUCUUUCGUUACUGCGCGUCUUUCUAAUUCGCUUGGUUACGUGUAUAUAUAUAUAUUUUUUUUAACUUUGCGACACAAUAAUAAAGAAUCUCUCAGAUCGACGCUUCAUUUUAUUCAUGUGUUGGACAUUUUUGAUUUUAAUAUGUUAAUAUACUCAAUAAGCUAACAUUGAGGCGAGUCAAAGAUUGCAUUACGAGAGAAUUUCAAAAAAAGACCUUUCUGUACUGUAAGGCUGUGAAAGAAAUUUUGUAAGAUUGUGCCGAAGUAUAAUUAAUAAAAUAUGAAUUUUCUUCGAUAUUUGUUUUAAUACAACGAUGGGAUUAAUAGAUAAUUUAUUUCUGUAUGUAUGUUAAACGUAGUUCUAAUAAUGUGUAAUAUGUGAUGAAAUGUUUACUCGAAUGAUCUGAUAAUUUUUUAAUCAAAAAAAUUAUAGGAAUGUAAUGUAGAUAAAUUAAAAACUGUUUACAAAUUCAAAACUAUUCCUACUUUUACUGCUAUAAAGUAAUAACUCCUCAUGCCUAAAGAUGGUUUAGCAAGACUAAAAUAUAGCAUCGAAACAUUUUUAUGAAAAGUUUUAAAAUUACUCUAAGGUCAUUUCAUAAGUUCAAAUGUCUUUGAGCACUUUAAAAAUGAUAAGCCUUAGAUUAUGUGGAUUGCAAAAUACUCCAAAAUAUCAAAUACCUCAAGUGAUCGUGAUAUCAAAUUUAUUUCUAACAAAUGUCAAGACGAAUCAAUUCUUAUAAAGAACUUAUUAAAAGCUCUUAAACAUUGUUAAAAAUUAUUAAUUUAUCAAAAUAAAGAGUAAAAAUAUUUGAUCCUUGCGGCAGAUUAAGAUAAAAAUAAAAAUCAAAUUCAUAAUGCAGUGAAAUAGUUUGAAAAAAAGUUCAAGUUAGAGUCAAACUGAUAUAAGUGUCCAUUACAAUUUUGUGACUGUUUCUUUUCAAGGAAUUUGAAACCGCGUUUUAACCUUUAAUAUCAAUAAUAAUUUUAAAUAUUGACGAAAAAAAUAAUAGAAUCAUAAAACGAUUUACUGUGAAAAUUAAAAAAAUGUCUCGUUUUCGAUUAAAUUCCAUACUUUUGUAUUUUCCUAAUUUUAAUUCUUAUCGAGUACAAAUGUACCAAAUUAUUUAGCAACAGAUAUUAUUUAAAAACAGUCUCAAAAUUGUAAUUAGAAAAUAUCAUCAAUCUAAUGUAUACAUAAAAUUAUAGUUUAACUAUAAUUUCUGUACAGUUACAUUUGUAAAAUUCUUUGAAAAUAAAAUCGUGUACAAUGUUCUUGAGAAUAUAAA